AAAAAACUUUUGAACUACCAAUGCAAGUUGUUGAUGAUUCUGAUAAUCAUUACAAUUAUAUAUUUCCAAAAUCUACUAAGAGAAAAAGGAAAACCAGGAUUUUAAAAGAGUGGAAUCAAGCAUUGAAUGAUAUAUCGGCGCAUAAUAAUACUCAAAUCAGAGUUACAGAAAUAUUUCGUAACUACCUUCAUGAAUUUAUUUAUGAGAAAUUACCAAAUUCAGAGUUUUCUAGUAGAAAUACGUAG